AUGCCGCGCGCAGAAGCAGGAAGCAACAAGGCCAUCAGCAAUGGCAUGAAAGCGGUAUGUUCCCCAAACCCCUCUCCCCGAGCGUUUUGCAACACGAGUAACGAGCAUGAGGUUGACAACGAGCAGAAAGGUCUAGGCCGAUUGCGCUGGUACUGCCAAGCAUGCGAGAAGCAAAUGCGCGAUGAGAACGGGUUUAAAUGCCACGUCCAAAGCGAAAGCCACGUCCGACAGGUGCUGCUGAUCGGCGAGGAUCCGAAGAAGUACAUCGAAAGCUAUAGCAAGGAGUUUGUGCAGAACUUUGUGAAUAUGCUGCGGACGACGCAUGGCGAGAAGAAGGUCCAUGUCAAUCAGUUCUACCAGCAGGUUAUUCAGGAUAAACAUCACAUUCACAUGAACGCUACGAAAUGGAAGAGUUUAACGCAGUUCGCCGCAUACCUGGGACGAGAAGGGAUUUGCCGCGUCGAGGAAACAGAAAAGGGGCUGUUCGUGUCGUGGAUUGAUAACAGCCCCGAGACAAUGAAGCGACGCGAAGCCAUCAUGAGAAAAGAGCGACAGGAUAAAGGCGAUGAGGAACGCGAGCAAAAGCAGAUCCAGGAGCAGAUUGAGCGCGCGCAGCAGAAAGCGGAUAGGGAGGAUGAAUUGGAUCCCGAGGCGAAAUUGUUGCAGCGGAAGGAGGGUGAGAAGGUCAAGUUGAAUAUCGGGUUUGGCGCGAAGCCUGUGGAGGCGAAGCCUGAGUCUGAGAAGCAGUCGUCUCCUGAGCAGAAAGAUAAGUCGACAGCACCAGAGGCUGCGGCUGCAGAAUCGCCCGCGCCAUCUGCUGAAGCCGCACCAGUACCAGCACCGAAGAUCUCGAUGUCUCUUGGCGGCGGGAAUAAACCGAAGAAUGUAUUUGCAGCAGUUGCGAAGAAGAACCCGCUUGCAGGGAAGAAGGGGCCAGUGAUGGAAGCCCCGAAGAAGAUGACGGAGCAGGAGAGGAUCAUGAAGGCUGAGAUGGAGGCUAUGGAGCGGAAGCGGUCUCGUGGGCCGUCUGGGUUUCCGAAUGCUAAGCGGCCCAAGGUUUCAUGA